CUCAAUUUUGGGGAAAUUGCAAGGGUAAAAGGGGGAGGAGAUCAGUUACAACACACUAUUGCGACACCCAGCAGGGUUGAAAGUGACAACAGCGAGGGUUUCUCUUUUUGGAAAUAUGAGGGUUUUUCCGCUUCUGACAGUGGGACGGAACGACAGCAGCGCGGGCCGAGGCAGCCUGCCGCCCUUCUGGGAGAAGACCCUCCAAGAUGCAAGCCUUCAGAAUCUGGGAUAUCAACCAGAAGACCUUCUAUCUGAGGAACAACCAACUCAUUGCCGGCUACUUACAAGGACCAAAUACCAGAUUAGAAGAAAAGAUAGACAUGGUGACUACUGACCUUCACAAUGUAUUCUUGGGGAUCCAUGGUGGGAAGAUAUGCCUGUCUUGUGUCAAGUCUGGAGAUGAAAUCAAGCUCCAGCUAGAGAACAUUAACAUCACGGAUCUGAGCAAGACCAAGGAAGAAGACAAACGCUUCACCUUCAUCCGCUCAGAGAAAGGUCCCACCACCAGCUUUGAGUCAGCCGCAUGUCCAGGCUGGUUCCUCUGCACAGCACUAGAGGCUGAUCGGCCCGUCAGCCUCACCAACAGACCCGAAGAGCCCCUCACAGUCACAAAGUUCUACUUCCAGGAGGACCAAUAGUACUGCCCAGAUCUAUCCUUCCCCACUCCCAGGCCAUCAAUAACUCCACCAACUGCCUCCUCACUCUGGUCAUCGUUAGAGCCUGAAGAUCAACCUUUCCAGGGUGUACAGUAGAAGGAGGGAGAAGAAUCCUGAUGACAGAUUUCUGCCUUCAGCCUGUUGGCUGACCCAAUCCCCAUGAUGCUUCCAGAAUUAUCUUUCAAACAGGCCCUUGCUCAAAACCCUUUCUCAUUGCCUCUGCCCUCUGAGUGAAUUCUAGACCACUUGCUUGGCCUAGGUGCCUCUGCUCCCCACACUCUCCUUUCCUUUUUUUUUUUAAUUUUUUUUAUUUUUAUUUUGCAAUAAUACUCUCCUUUUCUUUCAUCGUCCUACAUAUCCACAGCCCAGGCCAAUCAAGUCACCUGACAUCACCCCUCAAGUGGCUCCCUUACCUUGUUUUAUAAACCUGUACUUGUCUGUGGAGAAGGUUUUUAUUCAUUUUGUUUUGGGUGCUUGGAAUGAAACCCACCAGGGCCUCACGUAUACUAAGUAUGUACCCUACCACCGAACUAUGCUUCCAUCUCACGGGGAAGGUUUUAAGGAUUUAGAAAACAGAAAAUAAGGAUCUCGUAAUUAUUUUAUUAGGCCAGCCUUAUUCCAUGUGGGGGACAGUUCUUCUUGUGGAGGUGAUGUCCUUUCUGAGAGGGACUAGGGAUUAGAUGUUCUUACAUUUGUGAAAUCAUGGUAUGCAUGGAGAAAUAGAUAGUAGGCUUUCCUCUUUUCCUUCUUUGUGUGAUGCCCUAAAGUGAAAAUUUUAAAUUUAGUAGACUAUAUUAUCCCCAUAAUCCUUUUUUUCUUUUUCUUUUUUUCUGAAAUUUCCAACAAUCUGAAUCCCUCUGUCCAAUCCAAAUGCCAUCUCCACUCCAAUCUUUCCACAGUUGCCUGCAGAAGUAUCUCUCAGGCCCUUCCUGCUGUGGUGAAUGAAUCCACUGAUUAUUUCUUAACCAUUUUAGCACUUCCAACCUUGACAUUUGUGUGGAAGUAGAUAUGCCUGUUUUCUCUGCCAGACUGUGAGCUCUGAGGAUCAGGGAGCAUCGUGUGUGUGCGUGUGCGUGUGCGUGUGUGUGUGUGUGUGUGUGUGUGUGUGUGUUGGGUCCCUACAGAGCUGAGCACAGUUUUGGCUCUUGGCGGGCACUCAGUGAAUAUGUGUUAUACGCACCGGGUGGAAAGUUUCUUACUCCUCUUUGUGACUUUAGCUGUAUUUUACAAUAAAACACUGAAAAUGUCUACUUUGUUGGUUGUGACCAUGUGCCCAGGCUUAAGGCAUAGGGUGCUGGGGAAAUGGGGAGGCCAGGGGAUCUUUUUAAUUCUAUGGCUACAGAACAGUUGUCUCCUCUCUGAAAGCCUUCUUCCUCAUUGAUUCUCACUUCCUGGGUAACAGGGUACCAAACACCCUUGACUAUAAUAAGCUAUAGACUGUUGUUGUCCACCAUGAACCCCCAAGUGACCAAAUGAAAACAACCCGAAUGCCUGUCAUGGAUGAAUAAAGAUGCAAGUAUCAGAUUGGCACCCAACUCCGUACUCCACAAUGGCAAAGAUGACAAGUGAACCACAGCCAGCUUCACCCGACAUAAUAGAUGGAUCUUAAUAGACAUUGGCUCAAAAGUCAUUAAAGCUCAAAUACUCCCAGGUCAAAUAGCAGCUA